UUCGUUAGCCGAAAAAAUCGGUUAUCCGCACACCCCUGGAGUACACGACACUUUUCCACGCGCUAUCCGGCAGGCGAUUGUCAAUGGAGCGCGAAAAUUCAAUGAGGAAGACCAGAACCCCGUGGGAUUUUUGCAAAAUUCAUGUAUUUAAUAAAUAAACUCCAUAUAUAUAAAUAUUGAAACGAUGCAAAAUACGGAAAGUAUUCAUUGUCAAAACAGUGUGCUUUUGUAUCAAAAUAGAAAAUUUUUUCUCAAAUUCCGCAAAUUGAGAAAUUCGCAGAAUACUGAAGACUUUCAUUUAUCCACCACUUUUUUUUCGGUACAUUUAUAUUGCGAAAAUGUAUAACGGGUAUGCUGAUGUUGAUGAUCUUCACGUCUAUGUUUAUUGUGGAAAUACGCCGGAACUUCGUCUACAGGAGCUCGUUGCUGAUGUUAAAAUCACUAUUCAACCAGAAAAUGAGAAAAGCUGUUGCAUUAAAAAGUUUCUCAGUUUGAAAGAUAAUAAAUUCGAAAGUAUUGCAAUGAGUGCUGAUUUUGGAGAUUUCGAUGAAAUGGUGUACAACUAUGCGAUUGAUGGAAAGUGUACGAUUGAAGCUGAUAUUACUAUUAUCAAAGAAGUUGGAGACGCAAGAGCUAAGCUGAGAGAUUUUGGAGAAGAAACGAGGGAUGUAUCAGAUGUCGUGAUUAACGUUCAGAAUGAGAAGUUCCAUGUUUCCAAAAUGUUUCUGGCCGCUCAAUCAUCUCACUUCAAGCUUCUCUUCAAAAAUUCCAACGAUUCUGAAAUUGCUUUGGAUGGAAUCAUUCCAGAAGAUUUUCAAAAUUUCCUGGAACUUCUCUACGGUGAACCAGCGCUGACUGAGGACAGUGUCGAGGGAAUCCUACAAAUUGCUGCCAGAUUUGAUGUUUCCACGGUUAUUCGUAAAGGUGAAGACUUUCUGCUCCAAAAAUCGGAAUUUUCACCUGAGAAGAAGCUGCAAAUGUCUUUGAAGUAUAAUUUGGAGAAUCUCAAGAGUAAAUGCCUUUCCGAGGUCAAAUCAGUUGCUGAUAUUCGUUCCGUUUUGCCAAAGGACAUAAAAGAAAUGGAUCAUUCUGUAAUGGCGGAGCUCUUGGAAAAGUCACUGGGUCUUCAAAAGACUUGAAUUGUUUCAUUGAUUUUUCUGAUCCAAAUUUGUUAAUUUUCACUAUUGUUUUGUUGUUGAAUUCUUCAAUUUAAGCUUUUUUUCUAAAUGAAAAAUUGUCCAGAAAAA